GGAGGAGAUGCUAACGGGGGGGGGGAGCGGGGGAGGGGGCGGCGGCGGGGGCGGGAGGGGGAAGGGGCCGGCGGGAGCUGCUCUCGUCGGCUCGGCGGUCGCGGCGCCCGCAGUCUGGAGGCGCACCGGAGCGGCCGGGGCGCCCCCCGCGGGAGCCCGCAGCCACCCGGGACGCGCAUCCAGCCGUGGCGCUUCGGGCCGGGCACACUGCGCCCAGGGGCUCCGCGAACCCCGCGCAGCCGCCGCUUCGGAGCUUGUGCCGCGCGGGCUGGCCGGCGGGGCGGCCAGGGCCCGGCCCGCCUCCCCAGCGCCCGCCCGGCUUCUCCCCCUGGCGGUGGGAGCCUCGGCGGCCGCCGGCGACACUAGGCGCACUGGAGCCCGAGCCGAGCCGAGCCCGAGCCGCCGCCGCCGCCGCCGCCGCUACUGCGCGCUGCUCCCGGGCUCCCUCCCAGCGCGCGGGCCGGGGUGUGGGGGACGGCGGGCUGGAGGGGCGAGGGCGGGCCAGGGGGCGCGCUCGGGGGUUGGCGCGGAAGACCGGACCCUCAGCCGCGAGGGCCCCCUAUACAGGAGCCGUGCACCCCAGAUGAGGAGCUCGUGGCGGAAGGAGGAGGAGGAGCAGGAGGCCCUCUCUUGAAGACCCUCACGCUGUGACCCAGCUCAUUUGUUUAAAUAUUUAUCCUCACGUCAGCAGCUGUACUUUUCAGCUCAGUGGAACAAGACGCCUAAGCAAGGUCCAGUUUCCCCAAAAGGCUGGGGGCAAAGUGGAAGAGAUGAGGAUUUUAUUGACAGGGGACUUGGGAGAGAAGAGGCCAGGGAACCUUCCUAAGUGGAGAAUGAAACUCAAAAAAUCUCUACAAAAAGACUAGGGUGGCUAGAGGCUCACGACCGCAGGCUUAGGAGAAAGAAACUGGAACUCCAUCAACUUUAUUUCUCUCCCCCUGCCUCGCCUUCCCCCAGCUCUGAGGAAGCUAACAGGUCUUUUGUUUUAUAUUGUAUUGCCUUUGGGAAAUUUGCAUUGAGUAUGUCAACAGAAAAUUACUACUGUUUACUGAAAGUUAAAGGGAUUGCAGAAAGAGAAAACAUAGUUUUUACUUUUCCUCUUCUUUGUACGCGUGUGUGUAUUUGGCAAGAAGUGUAGUUAGGUUCAUGGCUUGAACUACAACACGUCAGGUUGCAACAAUGACUGUAGAGCUGCCUAGGUGUAUUUUUAGAAGCCGCUCUUUCCUGAAUUCCUUUCACACAAGUCUUGCUCUCUCAUUAAGUCCCCAGAAAUAAUUUUAUUUAGAGAGAAGGAAGCUAUGGAAGCAGGAGGGAGAUUGCUAAGAUUUCCAUCCUGCCAGCGCACAGCACUGUUUGCAGGGAAGUUCCUGGAAAGUGAUUGUGGGCUGAGAAUUCAGUUUUUCCUAAAAGCUCUGUUAGGUCCUGUUGUGUCAGAUGGCUAUGAAUAAAGCACACUGGGAAAAUCCUGAUAUCCGUGCAUUCUUAUUUUAUCUUUUACACAGUGGUUGAUUCGACUUUCAAGCCCUGGUGACAAACACAUCAACUGUGCUGUAUUUUUGUGUGCUUUUUCUAAAUAAAGGAGAAUACAGCAUGUAUUCAUGCUGCUUUUUUCCCCCAUCAAUGGUUAUUGAAUUCUCUGGAAUUUAUUCAUCUUUUAACGCAUCAUUUUAUGCAGAGACCAUAAUUCCAAACAUAUAAGAAUUUUUUAAAAUUAUGAGUUAGGGUUUUUUAGAGAACCUACCCUCCUUUUAAAAGACACAAUGCCCACCACAACUCCUAGUUCUGUAAAGCAAAACAAAAAUGUAUAAAUGAUUGUAAUGAGCAAAACACAGUAAAACGUUUUCCUUCUUGGAUCACUUUCUGCCCCCACAGGUCCCAGGAGACAUUAAAUCCUCCUGCCUUAAUUUACCAAAAUGCUGAAUUUCCUAACCAGUAACAAUUUCUGUGUCUGAGAAAGACAUCAGGUUUGGAAUGGAAAAAAAACCCCACAUUCUCAGUAUUUAAUUACUGCUUAACAGUAAUUUAUGGUAGCAGGCAGUUGAUUUUCCAAUUCUGAAAGCCUGAAAUGAAGCUGAACAGAAAUUUGAAAUUUUUGAAAAAGAUUUGGUUUUCUUCUUUUUUUACACACUUGUAUACUCAUCUGCUCCCCCAAGUUAUCUGCCAAGCCCAUAUAACUGAAAGUAUGAUAUGGUCCCCUGAGUUGAACCAAGAGAACAUUUUGCCCCUCAUUUUUUGAAUUUGCUUUUUCCUCUAAAUAGUCUUGUAUAGAGAGCUCAUGGGCUUUAUUGGAAUAUAGCAUUAUGUAAUUCUGGGUGCAGUGCAUUAAAUAACAUAGUUUGAUAAACUCUUACGUCAGCCUUACACCUCCGCAUAGUAGGGAUUUAUUAAAUAUUAAGAUGUUAAUAAAAUAUUGUCGUUGGCCACAAAUUUCAUAGCACAAGGCUAAGAUCAUUUUUUCAGAAGAAAGGGGCAUUUAAUCCAAAAGUUACUUGGUUGUUACGGUCUGAAUGUUAGCGUUCCCCAAUAUUAGGGCUCAUAAAUUAGAAACUAAUAUCAAAAGUGAUAGUAUUAAGAAGUAGGGCCUUUGGGAAGGGAUUAAGUCAUGAGGUCUCCACCCUCAUGAGUGGGAUGAGUGCCUUCAUAAGACAGGCUGAGUCUAGCUACCUUGCGCCUUCCACUGUGUGAGGACACAGCAACAAAAGUGCCAUCUGUGAAGCAAGGAGUGAGCCUUCACCAGACGCUGAAUCUACUGGUGCUGUAAUCUUGAACUUCCCAGCUUCCAGAAUGGUGAGCAAUAAAUUGCUGUUGCUUAUAAAUUACCCAGUCCAAAAUACUUUGUUAUGGCACCUCAAAUGAACUAACACAAUAAUACAUUUGUGCUACUAGAUUUUUUUUUAACAAGUCCAAAUCUAACUUAAAUGAAAUACAAAUCUGAAACAUAGCAAAUGGCCUAUAGCAGUAGCUGGUAUCAAAAGCUACACUGGUUAUUUCCUUAAAAGAAUAGACAAUAAGAUAUUGCCUGCUAACUAUUAGAAGACAGAUCAAGGGAAAGGAGAAAAUAGCAUUGGCCUUGAAGAAACGUUUUUUUCAGGAAAAAUGACAUUAAAAUGUGAAAAGACAACACAAUGGGUCAGUUAGUCAUUUGAAUCAAAGAAAUACUUGAGGAAAAAAUAUAUAUGUGUAUUUUUCUGUUAAGACCAGAGGAAGUAGAGAUCCUAAAGCUGUGGGUUGGAAGGUAUUUUUAAAAUUAAUUUGUUCCAUCAAAUCUUUAGAGGCCAUUCAAUGCAGACAUCUUGGGUGUGAAGGGGAACUUACUACUUACCUCCAUUAAGGCAAGGAUUUUUACCUAUGUAAUACUUACUAGAGAGUAGAGUUCACUGUAUAUUGUGCAAGUGAAUGGAUAAUUUCAAAAGUAUUUCAUUCCAUCUUUGUAUACUUUAUUAUGUUUUUAUCUUAUAUUGCACAGAAUUAGUCUUCCUGAAACUUCCAAACAUUGGUCUUCAUUCUGCCAGUUGCAGCCAAACAGAACAAAUCUGUUGUAUCAGUCAAGAUAGGCGAUGUUGUGCUGGAGUGAUGAUUCCAAUUUUUUAGUGGCCUGUAACAGCAAACAUUGUUUUCUUGGUUGUGCCUUGAAUCCAUUGCAGUUCAGCUGGUCUGUUCCAUGUCUGUCACUCCAGGUCUCUGGCUAAUGGAACAAUCACCAUCUUGAAUGUUUCAUGUUGUUAUGGCAAAAAUAAAGAUCACUCUGGAGGGUUUCAUGCUAACAUUGAAAUGUUAUGGCCCAGAAAUGACAAACAUCAUAUGGGCUCACAAAGAAUUAACCAGGAUUAGUUGUGUGGCUCCAAGGAAUCAUUACAAGGAGGUCAGAUAGUACAGCCUAUUUUGUACCCAAGAGUAGAGAGCUGUUGGACUCUCUACGCUUGGGUACAACUCUACAGACUCCUAUUCUGGUAGUAAUCCUUGUCCAUGUGAUACCCUGCCAGCUAAACCAGCUCUUCCUGCCACUUUAUGGUCCCAAGUCCUCACUUUUUAGGGAAAACCCUGCCAGAGUAGCUACCAGCUUUAAGAGACUCCUUUUACUCUCUGUUAUCUCCUUGAAUGCAAUGCUACAACCUCCUGUACCCUUAGAGCCCCUAACAAAGUGUGGCCUCCUAUAAUUUUAUGUCACUUUUAUAUUUACUAAUAUUGUAUACAUUCUGUUUUCUCAGGAUUUAUUUUCCUGGCAAGGGUAUGAUAAACAGGCACUUUUAACAACUGUUAUCUGGAAAUGUCAUGAUCAUUAUCAAAAUUUGAAAUUUGGUCUUGAGUAGUUACUCCCCUUGUUGUAAACAUCAAAUUUGUUAUAUGAUCUUGUAAUACAAAUUUUCAGAAUCAUUCAUUUAUUUAUCCUACUUUUGUUCAUUCAAUAAAUAUUCAUUUUCUACCUAGUAGAAGCCAGGCACUCUAUUAAGGACUGGGGAUAUGGAGAUGAUUAAGAGUUCUCCUCUUCAAGAAACACAUUUUCCGAUUGGGCAGACAGAAUAAAAAGUCAUUAUAAUGCUAAUAGAAGCACAAAGUGUUAUGUGAAUUCUUAGAAAGAAGCAAAUAGCUAGCUGGCAGGAUUUAGAAAAGUUCCAUAGCGGAAUUGAAACUUGAACUAAGUCUUGAGGAUAAGUGAGACUUCUCUAGGCAGAAAGAAGAGGUAGAGAGAGGAUAUUUCAAGCAGGGAGCCCAGCAUGGACAAAGACACUGAACAUGACAAAACUUAUUGUUUAUGGAACUAUAAGGAAUUUACUGAGACUGGCACAUGGGGUCUUUGUAAAGGCUGAAAAUUCUGAAGAGCCUUGCAGACAUUCUCUGGCGUUUGGACAUUAUCCCAUACAUCCGGGAUUGCAAACUCUUACGUCUACUUUGGGCCAUGCAUGGAUGUACAUGACUAAAGCAGACCAAGUUAAGACCAUAAGCAGUGGUGGGACUAUGGCAAUGUGAAGAAUAUAUUCUCCAUCCAAGUGGGAUAGUAAAUGCCACUGAUGCCAAAUGCAAGAUCUUCCAUUCUCCAAAGAAAAGCAGGAAAUUUAGAUUUAUAUGAAAAUUUGAAUAUUAAAUGUUGUCAACUUAUCCAUAUUUUAAAGUACACUGUUAGUCAUUUAGGUAAUUUUGACCUGCAGACAAAUUUUAUAUAGCUUUUGCCUGUAUAUUUCUAAUGAAGGUCAAAGUGUUUGUUAAUACCCAUCAAAGUACAGUAGUUGCUCUUUAUCUGCAAGGCAUAUGUUCCAAGACCCCCAGUGGAUACCUGAAACUGGGUAGUACUGAAACCUAUAUAUAUAUUGUUUUGUCCAAUACAUACAUAUCUGUGAUGAAGUUUAAUUUAUAAAUUAGGCACAGUAAGAUAUUACUAACAAUAGCUGUUAAUGAAAUUGAAUAAUUAUGAUACACUAUAAUUAAAGAGACGAUGGUCCUUCUUUCAAAGUAUCUUAUUGUGCUAUACUCACCUAUUUUCAGAUGGCAGUUGACUUCAGGUAACUGAAACUCCAGAAGAGAAACCUCAAAUAAAGGGAGACUAUUGUCUAUUUUAUCUCAACCUAUCCCAGAGCCAUGUGCCUAAGACUGUCUUGAGGAUAUUUAAUUUUUGUUAUUUUUUAAUUGGGUCCACUAAUUGCUUACUCUUCCUAGCUGCUCUCUUGCUUUGAUGACAGACUUGCCUGCCACUCAAUAGUCAGAAAUAUGCAGCGACACCCCACAAAAUAGUAGAAAUAGUAGGUGUCCUUUCAUAAGGCAUGCUGACCAUUUUCUUGUAGAUUUGGUCCCAUAGGUACAUUCAUAUUCUUAAAGUCAUUCAAUUCACUGGACCAUCAAGUCUUUAAGUUUUUGACAGCUUGGCUCUACAGAUGAUAACCUUCUUGACUAAAAAGAAGUCAACGUUCUUGACUUUUAUUGUCUAACUUAAAAACAAUAAAAAUCAUCAAUUUUGCGUGUUCUGUGAGUUUUGACAAUGAAAGGGCAGCAUGAGCAAAUUAUUAUUUUAUGUGAACUUUGGAGUAAAAAAUACAUGUGGGCAAAGCCACUUUAAGUGUCCAACUGUCUGAAUUAUAAUCCUGGUUCAAUUAGUUGCUACCUAUGUGACCUAGAGCAAGUAUCCUAAUUUCUUUCUGCCUCAAUUUUCUCAUCCAUGUCACAGGAAUGCUAAUAGUUAGUAGAUGGGGCUAAUAGAGGCACAGUGCCUCAGAAUAGAAAAAUGAAUUACUAGGAUGUACGUGGGAUAUAAGUAUCUACUCCUAGAUGACAUGAUAUUGUGCUUGGGGCACAUCAGCCAAAUAAGAAUUAUGGCUUAUACUUCUGGAAUAUUUAUUUUUUAAUUGAGGAUUUAAAAAAUUAUUUUCUUAUUGAAACAGCCACACAUAUAAUGGAAUUAACUGUAGCAUUUUGCAUAAAUUUUUAAGACAAGAAUCUUUAAAGACUUUUGAGCUGCUUGGGACUUUAGAGACAAGAGUGGGUACUGCAUUUUCUUCCUUCUGCUUCAUUCUGUCCUUUAUCAGGUUGGUGGAAAUGCUUACAAUUACCAGACCAUAUACACUAGUUACAUUUACCUCAAAACUGUGAAAGUACUUCCUAUUUGUAUGUGCUAUGAAUGCUGCCCAAGUGUAGAAUCUUUGCCAUUUAAAUGUUCCGAUUUUAAACCAGAAAUCUGUUGGGGUAAAGAAGAAAAUUAUUAGAGCAUGACCUUAGGGAAAUCAAGUCACAAAAAAGAAAAUAGUUGAACUGAAUUCACUUCCCAUUCUGCUACUAAGCAUCUGGCUUAUUAAUGUCCAUAAAGGGAGAGAUUUUUGUCCUUUUCAUUGAUAGUUCCUCCAUACCUUGAAUAAGUAGAUAAUGUUGAUGAUCUUGGGAAAGACAUUUUGUUAAAGUCUCAGUUUUCUCAGCCACAAAACAAAGAGUUUGGAUUAGUUGAUCUUAAACUUUAGUGUGUAUAGGAAUUAAAUGGAGUGUUUGUUUAAAAUGCAGGUUCUUUGAGUUCAUGCUCAGAAAUUCAGAUUUGGUAGAACCAGAUGGCAUUCAGCAAUCCACAUGGAUUUGGGGCUUGGGUUGUAAGGAGCAAAAAUCCAACUCAAAAAGGAAGUUUUUAUUUUUUAUUUUGCUUCAUUUUUUGUCUCUCCUCUUCCUCUCCCCACUACAUAAAUUGGAAAAUACAAUUUAAGAACUGCUUAAGACAUAAUUAAAUAUAGAUGUUCAAAUAAUGUCACCAACCAUCUUUCGGUUAUGUUUUCUUCUCUUUUAACUUUAUUCUUAGUCUGGGUUUUCCUUUAAGGAGUUCAUUUUUAAGAACUUCAUUAUUAAUCUGGCUUUUCUCCUAGCUUACAUUCUUUUGACAUAGAAACCCCAGCACAAAGGGUAUCCCUCUUUCUCAAAUUUUCCAGCUAAAGAACUAUAUCCAACUUGACUGCAUUAGAUUAUAUCCGGUACCCAUAUCUGCACUCAUCACCAUGGUCAGCACCUGUGAUUCAUUCUUCAGCAGCCUUGGGUCAAAUGCCCACCUUGGAUUUGGGAGUACAGUCACACUACCCAAACCAUGCGGGUUGGACAUGAAGGUGGGAUGGUUCUCCAAGACAAAUUGCAGGUAUUUUUUUUUUAGAAAUAAGAAAAUGGAUGCUUUUUGGCCGAAACUAUAGAUCUCCUUCCACUACUGAGUAUUUUUAAGAAGUAUUUAGAGACAAAUGAUCCAAAAAUGUUACAAAAAUAUAACCCGUAUUCCAAGACAUUGAGGCCUUGAGCCCUCGAGGUAACAGAGCAGGGCCUGAGAAAUACCUAAGAUGGUCACAGUCUCUGUGCCAGGUGCCUCACCUAUUUACCUCAGUGUUUGGGACAAAUAUUAAGCAUUUUCCACAUGUGUUAUUAUAUUAGUUUGUUUUCACACUGCUAUAAAGAACUACCUGAGAGUGGAUAAUUUAUAAAGAACAGAGGUUUAAUUGACUCACAGUUCCACAUGGCUGGAGAGGCUUCAGGAAACUUACAAUCAUGGCAGAAGGUGAAGGGAAAGCAAGGCAUGUCUUACAUGGCAGCAUGAGAGAGAGAGAGAGAGAGAGAGAGGGGCACAUGAACGAGCAAGCGAGGAACCACCACACACUUUUAAGCCAUCAGAUGUUAUCAGAUCUUGAUAACUUUAUCAAGAGGCAGCACUAGGGGGAUGGUGCUAAACCAUUAAAACCACCCCCAUGAUCCAGUCACCUCCCACCAGGUCCCACCUUCAACUCACAGGGAUUGCAAUUUGACAUAAGAUUUGGUUGGGGACACAGAGCAAAACUGUAUCAGCUAUGAAGGUGAUUUAUGUGCAGGUGAUCUGUGACUUGUGCCGUGGGAAUCAAUGGAUUUUGAAAAUCAGUCAAAGUCAUUAUUGUAUGUUUGAAGUGAUACUUUGAAGUCAUCUCAGAUAUACAAUAAUAUUAUUACUCUAGGAUCUUCAUGAGAUAACCUGGAAGUUGGCUGAUGCAAUCAAAAAGACAAAGCCCUAGUACCAAAAAGUGGGACAAAGAAACAAGCAGGACCAGCAGCUAAAUCCUGCUUUGAUUUGGUUAUCGGUUUGUGUUUAUUUAAUAAUCUUGGGCAAAUGUAUUCACCUAAUUAAUAUAGUCCCAUCCUAGAUCCCAGCAUGCCUGGUUCCCAUUAUGUUUGAAACAUAUAUAGAUGCACAUUGUAGAGACAAUGGAAAGGAGUAAGCAGGUAACAUUGUGGAACAGAAAACUGAGUUGAUGUAGUUAUCAGAUAGGUCUUAGGUAUAUUGCAUGUGAGUUCAUGGAAGUAAAUUUUAAUGAAUGAAUUAUUAACCCCUCUUUUUGUUAAGUGAAGUAGCUGCUAUCAUUUUCUUAAGUUCAUUAAUAAAAUUAAUAAAAAUAAAAUGUCUCCCUUUUCAUUUUAGUAUUAAGUCAUUAGUUUAGUUUUAGAUGGGCUUUUCCAUACCCUCACCUCACUAUUAGCUUCACCAGAGUAAUCCAAUGUGCAGAGAAAAGUGUUUUCAACAAAUAAUGCUGGAAUAAAUAGAUAUCCAUGUGGGAAAACAAAAAACUUUUAUCCUUAUCAUACUGUAUGCAAAAUUUAUUUGUAGUGGAUUAUAGAUCCAAAUGUAGAAGCUACAACUGUAAAACUUUUAUAGGGAAACAUAAUGUAAGUUAUAGAUAGACAAAGAUUUCUUAGAUGAGUCAUAGAAAACAGUAGCUAUAAAAAUUAGG